GAAUCUAAAGAAAAAGAUAAGAAUUAUCAAAGCUCGGAUGGAGGAGAUGGAGGAGAUCCUUUACCAGCUGCUGUAAUCGUUGCUACAGCUACAAUAAAUUCAGAUAAAUCUAGCAUGGCUUCUCACGAUGAGCAAUUAGUGAUGCUAACAAAGAAACUAAUUGAGAUCCGAACCAUCCUAAUGUCAAUUGAUCAAAAUGACACUCUCAAACUUCCGAGCAUUGUGGUAAUUGGGUCACAGAGUUCAGGAAAGAGCUCUGUAUUGGAAGCAAUUGUAGGCCAUGAAUUUCUUCCAAAAGGAGCAGAUAUGGUGACUAGACGGCCAAUCGAAUUAACACUUAUCCACACUCCUGGUGUAAAAGAGGAGUAUGGCGAAUUUCCUCAGCUUGGACUGGGUAAAAUACGAGACUUUAAGGAAAUCCAGAAAACAUUGGUGGAUUUGAAUCGCUCUGUGCCUGAUUUUAUGUGUGUAUCGGACGAGCCUAUCGAAUUGCGUGUCUAUUCGCCUCACGUUCCUGAUUUGACCCUCAUCGAUCUUCCGGGAUAUAUACAGACUACAAGCAAUAAUCAGCCAGAAUCUCUGAAGACAAAGAUCGAAGAAUUAUGUUUCAGUUACAUCCGUGAACCCAAUAUUAUCUUGGCAGUGUGUGCUGCCAAUGUUGACUUGGCGAACUCACCUGCCCUUAGAGCAAGUCGAAAAGCUGACCCGCUCGGAUUGCGUACUAUUGGCGUCGUAACCAAGCUGGACUUGGUCGCUCCCGAAGUGGGCACAGCUAUUUUGAGAAAUGCAGACUAUCCACUCCACCUUGGAUACAUAGGUGUUGUCUGUAAAGCACCUAAACACACAGAAGGAAAUAUGACCGGGGCACUCAUUCGAAAUGAAGAAGCAUUCUUUAGACAUCAUUUGAUGUACAACCAACGGGAUAUUCAUGUUGGAACUUCUACCCUCCGUUUCAAGUUGAUGAGUGUUUUAGAGCAAAGUAUGGGUAAAUCUCUUUACAGCAUAGUAGACGCUGUUCAGCGCGAAUUGGAAGAAGCCCGAUACCAAUUCAAGGUCCAAUACAACGAUAGGCGUGUUACGGCCGAAUCGUACGUAGCAGAGACCAUGGAUGCACUGAAGCAUAAUUUCAAGGAUUUCGCAAGCCAUUUUGGUAAACCUCAGGUGCGACACGAGGUCAGAUCCAUGCUUGAACAACGUAUAUUGGAUAUCUGUGCUGAGCAAUACUGGUCUGAUCCCAAAAUUGCCGAGCUUCCCAAAGCAACUACAGAUGAUAUCUACUGGCUAUACAAGAUUGAUCUAGCUUCUGCUGCUCUAACAAAGAGUGGCAUUGGACGGUCAACAACACAACUUGUGGUGGAUAUCUUGAUGAAGAACAUGGAAAGACUGGCCAAUUCCGAACCUUUUACCCUUCACCCGACUACACGUACUCAAAUUAUGAAUUUUACAAGCGAAGUAUUGCGAUCAAGAUUUUUGACGACAAGCGACCAAGUAGAGAAUACCAUCAAGCCUUAUAAAUACGAAGUUGAGGUAACAGACUCAGAGUGGGCGGAUGGCGUCAAGCGAUCGAUUGCACUUUUGGAGCGUGAGAUUGAGAUGUGCGACAAGAUGGCAGCCAAUAUCCGAAGCACUAUCGGAAAGAAGAAGCUCAAGAGUGCAAUCAACUAUGUGCUUGAAAAUGAACGUCGUCAAGACCAAGAAAAACGUCUAUCAGAAACAUCUGGAUUGAGCAUUGUUGAGGAAGAGUCUGAUCCAGAUGCACCUGCUAUCCGCCCUCUUUAUAACCCGCGUCUAGUAGAAAAAGCUAAGGAAGCACUCUUCUUGAGAGAUCGGGCCAUGAUCCUCAAAUAUCGCCUAGCAGCUCUUAAGAGCCGACAAUGCAAAUCAGUCGAUAACAAAGAAUACUGCCCUGAAGCAUUUCUUAACGUGAUAGCAGAAAAGUUAACCUAUACUGCUGUCAUGUUUAUUCAAGUAGAACUGCUCAAUGAAUUCUUUUUCCAGUUCCCACGUGAAGUAGAUGAUCGACUUGUUUAUCAGAUGAACCGAAAACAAAUAUUGGAAUUCGCACGCGAAAACCCACCUAUUCGAAAGCAUUUAGAGCUUCAGGAACGCAAGAUGAAGCUGGAAGAAGUGAUGGAGAAGUUGAACUAUCUUAUGAGGCGUCAGGCUGAUAGACAAGCAAAACCCAAACAAGGAUCUCAGGUUCCUUAAGAAUAAAGACGAAUAAAAUAGCUUACUGGAUAUAAUCUUAAUGAUACCCCCUUAUCUAGUACAUGUGUACCACUAAAUAAUAAAUAAAUAAAUCGAUAUCUAUAGAGGUAUUUUGAAAGCC